UUAGCAGCUUCGACUAACCUGAAUAUUUUCUUCAAAGCUUAUUUACGACGUUUCUCAUUGUCUAUGUUCUAUAGAUACGCAUCCCGAACAAUACAUACGGUGUAUUGCUUUUAGUAACAAAUGUAUAGUGAAAAUGAAGGAAAACGCGGUACUUAAGUGGCAAAAAGUGUACAAUCCUACCGGCCCUCAACCGCGACCCCGCCAUGGCCAUCGCGCGGUCGCCAUAAAAGAUUUGAUGAUAGUUUUCGGCGGCGGAAACGAAGGAAUCGUUCACGAACUGCAUGUCUUCAAUACCACCACUAAUCAGUGGUUCGUACCAGUCACAAAAGGAGAAGUCCCACCAGGAUGCGCUGCCUACGGCUUCGUGGUAGACGGUACGCGCCUGUUAGUUUUUGGCGGCAUGGUAGAGUACGGCAAGUAUUCAAAUGAUUUGUACGAAUUACAAGCCUCUAGGUGGGAAUGGAAACGUUUAAAACCACUGCCACCAAAGCAGGGUCUUCCACCUUGUCCACGACUCGGUCACAGCUUUACGCUUCUCAAUGGGAAAGUAUACCUGUUUGGCGGACUGGCCAAUGAAAGCGACGAUCCAAAAAAUAACAUACCGAGAUAUCUUAAUGAUCUAUACAUUUUAGGACUUUAUCCUAAUUCAUCUAUGACUGUUUGGGAUAUACCUUUGACCUACGGUCAGUCUCCACCUCCCCGAGAGUCUCACAGUGGGGUAGCAUAUACUGACAAAAACACAGGCAAAUCAUCUUUAAUUAUCUAUGGAGGCAUGAGUGGAUCUCGCCUUGGUGAUUUGUGGAUACUUGAUGUUGACACAAUGUCAUGGUCUCGACCGGAAGUUGGAGGACCUCCACCUCUUCCUAGAUCACUUCAUACAGCUACAGUUAUCGGCCACCACAUGUAUGUCUAUGGUGGCUGGGUACCGCUGGUCCCUGAUGAAUCUAAACUUGCUACACAUGAGAAAGAAUGGAAGUGCACAAACACCCUUGCCUCAUUGAACCUAGAAACAAUGACUUGGGACAAUAUAGCACUGGACAAAUUUGAGGAAUGCGUUCCUCGGGCUCGAGCUGGACACAGUGCUGUUGCUAUUCAAACUAGACUGUACAUAUGGUCUGGAAGGGAUGGAUAUAGGAAAACUUGGAACAACCAAAUCUGUUGCAAAGACCUUUGGUAUCUUGAAGUAGGAGUACCACCACAAGCGGGACGUGUAGCCCUUGUACGUGCUGGCACCACAUCAUUGGAACUAUGCUGGCCUGCUCUCAACACAGUUACCACUUAUUUAUUGCAAGUACAGAAAUGUGGCAAAGUGACACCUACACGUUUCCCGGCUGCCUCUGAACCUGUGGUUGCACCUCCUCCUGCAUCUCCUGCUGCCACACAGACUGAUGCUGCUAAAGCUUUUGGUCUAUCUUCUCCAGUUUCUUCAUCGAUCCCCAUCACACCAUCUGAUACAAAUGCUCGUGUAGUAGUUACAGUAGCUUCACCUAUAGUGACACCAAUCAUCACGACUCCUCAAAAAGUAACACCUGGAACACUCAAACUGUCUGCUCAAGCUGCCACCGUAAAAGUCACGCCGGGCACUCCAACUACGAAACAGUCAUUCCAGGCGAAAGCAAUAGUCAAAUCUCCCGCUAAUCCUGCGACGCCUAGCUCCUCUCAACAGAUCAAAGUGGCCGCGGUGACGCCGCAAGGUGUGACAAGAAUCGUAAGUGGCGUCUCGACACCAGGAACCGUACGUGUCUCUACAGCACAGUCUGGUGCACAGAUUGUGUUAGGAUCGGCCUCUGGAGGCGCCGGUACGCCGCGUUACGUACAAGUGAAAACAGGCGGGAGUGGUGCUGUUCCUGUGAAGUUGAGUGCUGGUAAUAUGCCUGUCAAACUUGCAGGUAAUGCAGUCCCACUAAAGAUUGGUACUACUAACAUUCAAGGAAAAUUGACUCCCAGCAGUGUGCAGAAAGUAGGACAAGUCACUGCUGGAAAUCUACCCUUGAAACUUGGUGCCGGUAAUGUCAAGAUUGGUACGAGUAAUGUUCUUGUAAAAACAGCAGGCGGAAUGCCCUUACAGGGUGGUGUUGCAAACCUACAAACAAAAGUCGCCACCGGGGUUCCUGUGAAACUAGGCGCCGGUAACAUUCCUGUGAUAGCCAGCUCAGGGGGCACGAUUCAAAUAGCAGGUGGAACGCUGGCUGGCCAACAAGUAAAAACACCUGUAUAUAAGAUAUUGACAGCAAAAUCAGGUGAUCAAACAGCAACAGUGGCUACAUCAACAGCAACUGGUGCGACAGUACUGAGGCAAGCAGCUGGCAAUGCUGGUAUUCCCGUCAUCAUAAAGAAAACAGGUGCAGGUGCGCAAGCAAGUAAUACACCGCAAUUUGUUACCCUUGUGAAGACCUCAACGGGCAUGACUGUAGCAACUAUGCCAAAAGUAGCAAUGAUGAACAGGUCUGGAGCAGCCGUUUCUCAAGCACAAAACAUCGCUCCGGGGGCCACUAUUGUAAAGUUAGUAUCUAACACUGUUGGUGGUAACAAAAUUAUCACUUUACCAUCUAAUAUGUUGCAACUAGGUAAGGCUGGUGUUGGUGGAAAACAGACCAUAGUAAUCACCAAAUCAGCUAGCCAAGCAGCACAGUCAAAUCAACAACAGUGAGCUGGCAACAAUUUGUCAACUGUACUCAGAGUGCCCUUAGCUGUGAACCGGUGCGUGUGAGUCAUGCAGAGUGUACAGGUUGAGUCUGGAGCGGUGUGUUCACAGUAUGUAAAUUAAAUUAAAUUCUGAGUGUGCUCCGAUUGAGUUUCUAUUUUAAAUCAUAGUUGUUUUGUAUGUUAAAUAGGUCUGUGUAGAAAAUGUCCUCAUAGAAUUCUAAUACAAGAAAUAUUUUAUUUACAAGCUCCUGAAAAAUUUUAAUAUUUUAACUUUCAUUAUUUCCAAAGUAUAUUGAACAUCUCAUGAUCUGUCGUGAGUUAUUGUUCACUCACAUCAUAGAAAUGUUAUAACUAAACCUGAUAGUCACAAAUGGUUAUGUCUGAUAUUUGUGACCUGGAUUUGACAACCUCAUGCAAGUGCCUGGUGUGCAGUUCUUGUUUGUGCUUAGAUAAUAUAAUUACCAAGACGGGGCAAUUUAUUGUUUAAUUCAAAGGAAAUGUUUAUAUGCUUCAUUUAUAUUUUAAGCAUGUGUUUGUUUUAUUCCUGUAUUAAAUAUUUUUAUACUGUAAUAAUAAUUAUUAUUAUGUGUUGUUUAUUGUACACAUUUAAUAGAUUUCCAUGAGCGUCGCAUUUGAAUACAUCUGAAUACACCUAGUUUUGUUGGGAUGUCUUCCUUUAUAAAAAGAUAAUUCAUUUGUUUCAUAUAAAUUUAAAUUUCCUGAUUUUUUUACAAUGCUGCUAAUAGAUUGUUAGAAAAUCUAAAAAGAACCCGGCUUUAAUGACUACAAAACAGUGAUUUCAGUAAAUUCAUAAAAUGGAUAAGCUUUUGUCAUUAAAACUGGAGUUACUGUUUCUUGUUAAUUAUAAAAUAAAUGUAGUAGUUUAACAAUACUUAUUGCACUAUUUAAGUUUUUUUUAUGACAAUAUAAUACUUUUUGUAGCAUUUUGUUUUUUCUUUCUUAGUUGGUCUACUUUUACACACACCUGAGGCUGUAUUCCAGUAUUUUUGACCAUUGAUCCGAUAUAACAAAAAUGUUAAAAAAAACUGACAUUGAUAAAACGUGCCUGCUAAAUUAUGUUUUAUACGUUUGAAAUAUUCAUUUAGGCACUUCCAGCGACAAUGACAACUUUAUUGUUUUUUAUAUUAUUUUCAAUUACAUACUACAUAAUAUGUUAAGAAGAUUAAAUUUAGAUUUAGAAAUGCAGGUUAGAAUUUUGGCGCCAAUUUAAACAACGGAUGUUUUCAAAGAGUAUCUACUUAAAACAAUAUGCCGGUACAGGCUAGCUAUGUAAAUUAAUGUUAUUAGAAGAAAAAUAAUAAAUAUGGGAUACUACUUUGUAUUCUUUUUUUGUAUAUGGUAUAAAAAUGUCUAAAUUUUAUCCUGUAUUUCUAUUUCGAUUUAUGUAAUAUUACUUAAGCGUUUUAGAUGUACGUACAUAGUUUAAUCAUUAAUUAAUAGGUAAGUUAAGUGAGGCAUGGAAUGUAAAUAUCAUUAAGUAGAUAAAUUUAAUGUUAUAGUUUGUUCAUAUAAUAUAAUGUUCAUUUGCUUGAAUAAACGAUUUGGAUAA